CAUGUGCUCACAUGCCUCUUCUCUGAGCUUUUGAAACAAACAAAUAAACAAAAUUAUUAAUAAAAAAAAACCCAGUCUUUUCUUUCCUUACCUUAUUUAUAUAUAUUGGAAAGAAAUUAUUUUGAUGGAAUUUUUAUAAUCUUACACAGAAAAAUUAACAUGGUGAAUUAAAAAACAAACUAUAAUAUUAUAUUAUAUUAUAUUAUAUUUUAUAUAUACUUGUAUUUUAGAUCAGGAUUGAGUUCUCUAGUUUUCAGUUGAGAUUUUUGAUAGAGACCCAGAAUCAGAAAUAGCUCAAAAAAGUAAGUGAAAGUGAAGAAAAACUUGAAGAAAAGAUAGUUUUUGAAGAAUAAAUUUGUGUUUUCUUGGUUUGGGUUUUUUGAGAAGAUGAAGGAGCAGAAAAGUGAAAGUGGAGGAGGGUAUGUAAGAGCAGAUCAGAUAGAUCUGAAGAGCUUAGAUGAGCAACUUCAAAGGCAUCUUAGUAGAGCAUGGACAAUGGAGAAGAACAAGAACAGGAAAGAGGAAGGUGAGGACGGCGGCGGCGGCGGCGGCGGAGAACAGCUCAGGUCAAGCAGCAACACUGUGAGAAGACAAGAGUGGGAGAUUGAUCCUUCUAAGCUUAUCAUCAAAAGUGUAAUAGCUCGUGGUACUUUUGGUACUGUUCACCGUGGUAUUUAUGAUGGCCAAGAUGUUGCUGUUAAACUUCUCGACUGGGGAGAAGAGGGUCACAGAUCAGCGGCUGAAAUAGCUUCACUUCGAGCAGCUUUUACACAAGAAGUUGCCGUGUGGCAUAAGCUUGAUCAUCCUAAUGUAACAAAGUUCAUAGGGGCGACAAUGGGCUCAUCGGACUUGAACAUACAAACGGAAAAUGGCCAAAUCGGCAUGCCGAGUAACAUGUGUUGUGUUGUUGUUGAAUAUUGUCCUGGGGGUGCUUUGAAGUCUUACCUGAUAAAGAAUAGGAGAAGGAAGCUGGCCUUUAAAGUAGUCGUUCAAUUGGCACUAGAUCUCGCACGAGGGUUAAGCUAUCUUCAUUCCAAGAAGAUUGUCCAUAGAGAUGUCAAAACUGAAAACAUGCUUUUGGACAAGACACGAACUGUGAAAAUAGCCGAUUUCGGGGUUGCUCGUCUUGAGGCUUCAAACCCUAAUGACAUGACCGGAGAGACCGGAACACUUGGUUACAUGGCACCCGAGGUCCUUAACGGCAAUCCCUACAAUAGAAAGUGCGAUGUGUACAGUUUUGGUAUCUGUUUAUGGGAAAUAUACUGCUGUGACAUGCCAUAUCCCGAUCUCAGCUUCUCGGAAGUGACGUCAGCUGUCGUCCGCCAGAAUCUAAGGCCGGAAAUACCUCGUUGCUGUCCGAGUUCACUUGCAAACGUAAUGAAGCGAUGCUGGGAUGCCAACCCGGACAAAAGACCGGAGAUGGACGAAGUGGUGUCGAUGAUGGAGGCGAUAGAUACAUCGAAAGGUGGAGGAAUGAUCCCACAUGAUCAAGCUCAAGGUUGUUUAUGUUUUCGGAGAUAUCGGGGACCGUGAUAAUGGUUGAACCCUAAAGAUAUGUAUUCAGGGAUUAGGGUUCCAAUUGAUUCAUAUUGAAUUGAAAAUGGAAAGAUGGGGAUGCAAUGUAAGAUCCAAAAUUGUGGAGUUUAUUGACUAAGAAAAUGUUUCACAAUUUCUGCUAUUUUAAACUGACCUUUUUGUAAA